CACUGUUUAAGGAUCUUUAUUUCCUUGUUUCCUCUUCUCACACCAAAUAAAAGAUCAGUCUAAAGCCCACCAACCCCUUCUACUUUGAGUUUUCCAAGCACCUAAAACAUCCAACUUUUUCACUUUUACAAAUCCCUCUCAUACGAUCCUUGAUCCAAACACACAAAAAAACGAAACACAGAUCCUUCAGUUUUUGUCAUUUCUCUCUCUCUCUAUCAUCACGUCACUGCUAUUCCUGGCUACUCUUUAUAUUGGAACUUCAAUAAUGUUUGGAAACUAAUGGAUUAGGGGCCUGUUUAUCAUUAACCGGUUGGGGGUAAAGGUCUUGUUUUUAAAGCAAUUUGAAAGAGGACGGUUUCGUUAUCAUUUGGUGGAUUAGAGUCCUUAUUUAACUAGAACUGUCAAUGAUAGUGAGAAAGAACAUGGGACGUGCUUCACCACUUGUUCUGGUUACAUUAGUUCUUGGCUUUUCCUUUGCAACUUAUAAUCUGGUAACGAUGAUAAUGCACAAUAGAGCUAUUUCAAAAUGGGUUGAGGAUGAUGCCAACGGUGGGAUAUUUUUUGAUCCGGUCAUUAAGAUGCCUGAAAAUGUGAGGAAACCGAAGAAUGCCAGAUUGCCUUUCCAUGUUGCCGUAACAGCUACUGAUGCGACAUACAGCCAAUGGCAGUGUCGCAUUAUGUACUAUUGGUAUAAGAAGAAGAAGGACUUGCCUGGCUCAGAUAUGGGAGAUUUCACACGUAUUUUGCACUCCGGAAGUCCCGACAACUUCAUGGAUGAGAUUCCUACUAUUGUAGUUGAUCCUCUUCCGGAAGGGUUGGAUCGAGGAUACAUUGUCUUAAAUAGACCAUGGGCUUUUGUGCAGUGGCUGGAAAAGGCUACAAUUGAAGAAGACUAUAUAUUGAUGGCAGAACCUGAUCAUAUUUUUAUCAAUCCGCUGCCUAAUCUGGCAAGUGGAGGAUUCCCAGCUGCAUUCCCCUUUUUCUAUAUUAAGCCGGCUGACUACGAAAAAGUGUUGAGGAAGUUUUUCCCCGAGGAGAUGGGACCUGUGACAAAUAUUGAUCCAAUUGGCAAUUCACCUGUCAUUAUCAAGAAGGAUUUACUUAAAAAAAUCGCUCCUACUUGGAUGAAUGUUUCUUUAAAAAUGAAGGACGACCCUGAGACUGAUGAAGCUUUUGGAUGGGUGCUAGAAAUGUAUGCUUAUGCUGUGGGCUCUGCUUUGCAUGGCGUGCAACAUAUACUUCGGAAGGACUUCAUGCUGCAGGUUUGGCAAUUGGAACCUUAUUUUUCAAAGCCACCAUGGGAUUUUGAAAUCGGAAAAAAGUUUAUAAUUCAUUACACCUAUGGAUGUGACUACAACAUGAAGGGCGAGUUAAUGUAUGGUGAAAUUGGCGAAUGGCGAUUUGACAAGAGAUCAUUUCUACGCGGACCUCCACCACGAAAUCUCUCAUUGCCUCCUCCAGGGGUCCCAGAAAGUGUGGUGACCCUUGUGAAAAUGGUGAAUGAAGCAACUGCAAACAUUCCCAAUUGGGAGGCUUAAUAAACGCCAGAUGUGACAAAAGGAGGGGAAAAAUACAUAGCAUUUAUGGAAAUCUUUCUUUGUGGGGGUAAAAAGGAAAUUUUGUUUAUUUAUUUAGUAAACUCUUUGAAUAUUUCAUGUAUAAAUACCUCAUCAGCUUAAUUAAAAAUUCAAGCUAUAGAUUUAAUUUAGUAA